AUGCAGGAGUCUCCCACUUCCCUGGCUAUGGAUGGCUACUCCAACAACGUGCCGGCAUUUCUCACCAAGCUAUGGACGCUGGUGGAGGAUCCCGAGACCAACCAUCUCAUCUGCUGGAGCAUAAAUGGCACCAGCUUCCAUGUUUUUGAUCAAGGCCGGUUUGCAAAGGAGGUCUUACCCAAAUACUUCAAACACAACAACAUGGCCAGUUUUGUUCGGCAGCUGAAUAUGUAUGGCUUUAGGAAAGUGGUCAAUAUCGAGCAAGGCGGCCUUGUCAAGCCUGAACGGGACGACACCGAGUUCCAGCAUCUCUAUUUCCUCCAAGGCCAUGAACAUCUCUUAGAACACAUUAAAAGGAAGGUAUCAGUUGUGAAAAGUGAAGAAACCAAGAUGCGCCAGGAAGACCUGAGCAGGCUAUUAUAUGAGAUUCAGAUCCUCAGGAGUCAGCAGGAGACAAUGGAGUGUCAAGUGCAGGACAUGAAGCAGCAGAAUGAAGUCCUGUGGAGGGAAGUGUUGUGUCUCAGGCAGAACCAUUCACAGCAUCAGAAAGUGAUCAAUAAGCUAAUUCAGUUUCUGUUUGGCCAGCUCCAAUCAAACCCCAGCAACGCUGGAAUAAAGAGAAAACUACCUCUUAUGCUGGAUGAUGGAAACUCUGCUCAAGUGUCAAAGUUCAGGAGGCAUUUGUCGAUGGACCCGCUCCACGAGUCCUACUUCAUUCAGUCGCCCUCUGCAGAACCUGCGUCCUGCUUAAACAGCCCAGCCAUCACUGGAGGGCCAGUCAUAUCGGAUGUUUCUGAAGCAUCACCGUCAAAUGCAGUGGUAAUGCAGCCUCCUCCUGACAGCGAAAGAGCAGAAAUGUGCGAUCCUUUAGAUGGCGCUGAUUUGAAUCUGGAAGGCCUUCAGAUCUUGUUGAGAAGCCAGCAGUACAAUCUGGAAGCUGCCAGCUCUUUGGAUGUCUUCAACCCUGUUUCUGCAAAUGAAUGGAAUCUGAAUGACGUAGAGGCAAGUUUGUCCUCGUUUGUAUUUUUGCAUCAAGAUGCAGAAUCCCGUUGUGGAUCCGGAGAAGAAUGCAACUGAGACGUCUUCCCGAGUGUGAAAGCCUCAGUC